ACCCUUGUUAUUUUCCACUCAUCCGUCGAUCUCUUCUUUUUCUAAUUAACCCCUUUCUUCCUCCCCAACUCCUUUCUCUCUAUUCUAUUCUCUACACAGCUGUUGCAGAAUUCAUCAAUGGAGAUCGCCUCCAGAGCCCAAGACAGAGAGAAUUCCUCUCCAGUAAACUCGCCCCACAGCAAUGGAACCAGCAGCAGCAAUAAUGGAGGCCUAAUCCACCAAGUCCACACUGCAAAACCGGCCAUGCCGUCCAGAUCUGAGACCUCCAAUAAUCCCUACCCAACCACCUUCGUCCAGGCCGACACCGCCACCUUCAAGCACGUCGUUCAGAUGCUCACCGGCUCGCCGCCUUCUUCCAAACCGCCGUCCGCCGAUCCGCCUCCGCCCUCCCGAGGCGCCGGCAAUAUCCCGCCGAUCAAGAGCACCGCGCAGAAGAAGCAAGGGUUCAAGCUCUACGAGCGCCGGAGCAGCCUCAAGAACGGCCUCAUGAUCAGCCCUUUGAUCCCCGCUCUGGCUCAGAAUUCCGGCUCGAUGUCGGCGUUCUCUCCCGGCCGGAAGCUGGAGAUCUUGUCGCCGAGCAUUCUCGAUUUUCCGUCCCUGGUUCUCAGCCCGGUGACGCCGUUGAUCGAGGACCCGUUCGACAAGUCUUCGUCGCCGUCGGUCGGAAGCUCCUCGGAGGAGGAGAAGGCGAUCGCCGAGAAGGGGUUCUACUUGCACCCGUCGCCGAGACCCACCCCGAGAGAGUCGGAGCCGCAGCUUCUGCCUCUGUUUCCGGUGACGUCGCCGCGAGUGGCCGACGCUUCAUCUUGAAGGUACUGUAACUAAGAGAGUAACUCAAAAAAAAAAAAAAAAAGGAUUUAUGGCUUCUUCAUCUGUACAAUUUGAUCCGUCCGUACGUGUCUCUAAUUCCAAUAUUGUUCUCAUUUUCUUCU